UCCCCCCGCAGGGCUGUGAGUCUCUCCCCCUAUUGGGCCGCUGGGGGGGCCACACUCACUGCCCGGAGCCUGCAGGAGUCGCAACUGGAGGAAAGUUGCAGAAGUUCCGAUCAAUCAGAGGGAGGGCAGCCCGGCUCCCAGGGUCUAUUUGCCCCGGCUCCCAGGGUCUAUCUGCCCCGGCUCCCAGGGUCUAUCUGCCCCGGCUCCCAGGGUCUAUUUGCCCCGGCUCCCAGGGUCUAUCUGCCCCGGCUCCCAGGGUCUAUCUGCCCCGGCUCCCAGGGUCUAUCUGCCCCGGCUCCCAGGGUCUAUCUGCCCCGGCUCCCAGGGUCUAUCUGCCCCGGCUCCCAGGGUCUAUCUGCCCCUGCUCCCAGGGUCUAACUGCCCCGGCUCUAUUUGCCCCGGCUCUAUCUGCCCCGGCUCCCAGGGUCUAUCUGCCCCGGCUCUAUUUGCCCCGGCUCCCAGGGUCUAUCUGCCCCGGCUCUAUUUGCCCCGGCUCCCAGGGUCUAUCUGCCCCGGCUCUAUUUGCCCCGGCUCCCAGGGUCUAUCUGCCCCGGCUCUAUCUGCCCCGGCUCCCAGGGUCUCUCUGCGGCUCCGAGUGAGGGUCCCAGCGCAGCCCCCCGGCUCCCCCAUGUAGCGCUCCGGCUGCGCUUCGGCUCAGAGAGACCAUGAGUGACAGGAGGAGGGCCGCAGUCACCCUCAGCUCCCGGGCCCACGCCUUCUCGGUAGAGGCGCUCAUUGGGGCCAACAAGAAGCGGAAACUCCGGGACUGGGACGAGAAGGGCUUGGAUUUGUCCAUGGAAAGUCUCAGCCCCCAGGGGGAUCUCGGGGAAGGAGAGGAGUCGGGGCCCUGCCUGGACCUCAACCCCGACUCUGAGCACAGCACCAGUUCUGACACAGAAGUUCUGGCCGAGCGGACCUCCUGCUCCUAUGAGUCGUGCCCUGACUUGGCUCCCCCCAGGGUCCCAGACCCCCAGCCGCUCUCAGUCACCUCUAUGGAUGAGAUCCAGGUGGAGCUGCAGUGCGCGGACCUGUGGAAAAGGUUCCAUGACAUCGGUACCGAGAUGAUCAUCACUAAGGCAGGCAGGAGGAUGUUCCCAGCAAUGAGGGUGAAGAUCUCGGGCCUUGAUCCCCACCAACAAUAUUACAUUGCGAUGGACAUAGUUCCUGUGGACAACAAGAGAUACAGAUACGUCUAUCACAGCUCCAAAUGGAUGGUAGCUGGCAAUGCCGACUCCCCGGUGCCGCCCCGAGUGUAUGUCCAUCCGGACUCUCUGGCCUCUGGGGACACUUGGAUGAGACAGGUGGUCAGUUUUGACAAAUUGAAACUCACCAACAAUGAGCUGGACGACCAGGGUCAUAUUAUCUUGCACUCUAUGCACAAGUAUCAGCCGCGCAUCCACGUCAUACGCAAGGACUUCAGCAGUGACUUGUCCCCCACCAAGCCCAUCCCCACCGGAGACGGAGUCAAGACCUUCAGCUUCCCCGAAACCGUAUUCACCACGGUGACAGCCUAUCAGAACCAACAGAUCACGAGACUGAAGAUUGAUAGGAACCCGUUUGCCAAAGGAUUCCGAGACUCUGGGAGGAACCGGACCGGCCUGGAGGCCAUCAUGGAGACGUACGCCUUCUGGAGACCCCCGGUCCGGACCCUUACCUUUGAAGAUUUUACAACCAUGCAGAAGCAGCAAGGAGGAAGCACCGGGACAUCUCCUACAACCUCCAGCACUGGGACCCCGUCGCCUUCAGCCUCCUCCCACCUUCUGUCCCCAUCAUGCUCCCCGCCCACCUUCCACCUGACCCCCAACUCUUUCAAUGUCGGCUGCCGGGAGAACCAGCUGUGCAACCUCAACCUCUCUGAGUAUCCGGCCUGCGCCCGCAGCAACAUGGCGGCCCUGCAGAGCUACGCCGGCCUCAGUGACAAUGGCUAUAACCGGCUUCAGAGUGGCAACCCCUCCGGGACCCAGGCCCCCGAGAGCUUUAUGCCACAAAGGACUUCAUCAUUGAUCUCUGGGAUGCCGACGCCAUCUUCCUUGCCUAGCAACAGCAAGAUGGAUACAUACAGUGGCCAGCUGGGGUCAUACCCAACGUCACAAUUUCAGUAUGUGAUGCAAGCAGGAAACCCCUCCUCCGGCUCCUCCUCCUCCCACAUGUUUGGGGGCGGCCAUAUGCAGCAGAGCUCCUACAAUGCGUUUUCUCUUCACAACCCCUACAAUCUCUACGGAUACAAUUUCCCGUCAUCUCCCCGCUUGGCGGCGAGUCCCGAGAAACUGUCAGCACCUCAAGGCACUUUACUCUGCUCCUCUCCAUCUAAUGGUCCGUUUGGGGACAGGCAGUACCUCUCCACGGGGAUGGAUGCAAUGCACAUGAUUGGCAGCCCUUCGGCCAAUCAGCAGGCAGCCAACGCCUGUGACAGCAGACAAUAUGGAUCAGUCCCAGGAUCAUCAUCACAAAUGUCGGUUCAUAUGGUCUAAAUGGGGACAAGGGACGUAGGAACCAAAGUGCCUUCAUGGAUGGAAGCUCCAAGCGGGGAGGCCUUGACUUGCAGUCUCCUGGGAUGAUUAAAGGAGCCCAAUUGCAUAUCUGGUAUCGGAAUAUUUACCACUUUGGCCAUUGGUCUCAAUGUCAGCGCUCUCUUUAGUCAAUAUGUCUCAUAAUCACCCAACAUUUACCCUUCAUCACUGCCCCUGGGGCUUAUUUAUUCUCACAAGACGUUGCACCAACCCAGCACCUCAUCUAGAUCCUUCCGCCUGUCUUUGGCCAAUGGGCCCCUCCGCUAAACUGAACCCACGAAGAUGAACGUCCCUCCAGUAGGGGAGGUGGGACUGCGGCGAGACCCACAUAUGUUGGUUGGCUGCUCUAAUGGUCAAUCAAAGUGCACUGCAUUAUGGGAUAUACAGGCACCGCCAGAUCCACUAAAGAGACUUCUCAGUAGAAAACUUCUUCUUGGAGGUCUCCAGGUUUGGCCCCGUGGCUCCUCUCGGCUGGACGGAUGGACAGUAGCCGAUAUGGGCCACUCGAAUCCUUAGAACUGCUCCAAUGAGCUGAAGGCAAAAGCAGUAAAUGUAUAGACGGG